AUGAUGUCACCAUCGCCCACGCUGCGUUCGCUGUCGCCUCCAGCUGUAUCCCCUGUAUAUAGUGAGGGCAAGAUCUCACUACGCGUGGACCAGCCUGUAGAGGGCUGCACGAUGAUGACACAUGCUUUUUUUCGCUCUGGCGAAGGCGACAUUGACGAUAAAGAUGUGGACAUGCAGUUUCAUUGGUAUAAGUCGUCGAUGCAUCAAGCAUGUGCCAAUAGUGAAUGCACGCGCUACACGAGCGAUGGCACUGGCAAUGUGCUUCUGCUUGUAGCCAAGAUUGAGUGCGUGCAGUGCAGUAGGUUGGGUAUUACGCGAAAACAGUCGUGCUUCUGCAGUUCGGACUGCUUUCGCCUUGCAUGGCACAAACACAAGCAGCUGCAUGACACACAGGCGCUCGUAAUGGCUCAACGAAAGGACGAACACGACUUUUCCUGGAAGGCGCAGCUGCACAACAUGGAUACAUUUUGUCCACUGCCGGAGGAAUCGUGGGUCAAGGUGCAAGAAGAAAAUCGCUCGUACGUGCCUUCUGCGGCAGAUGUGGGUCACGUGAUUCGAGUCGAAUGCAAGGCAACCAAACGUGUCGGCGGCGGCGUGCUUACUAAGACAGUUGACACUGGGAUCGUGCUACCGUUUCCACCUAUGCCACCAAGGCGGCGGAUGCUGGCAAAUAUGAAUGAAGAGCGGGCGAUGCCACGACUGCGGCAGAUCGGUGUCUUCCGUGUACUUACGUACAACGUCCUCGCCGAGAUCUACGCGACGCGACAGAUGUACCCGUACUGCCCGAUCUGGGCUCUGAGCUGGUCAUUUCGUAGGGAACUGUUGAGGCGUGAGCUGCAGUCGUACAAUGCCGAUAUCAUUUGUCUUCAGGAAGUCCAAGGCGACCAUUAUAAAAGCUUCUUUGCUCUCAUGAUGGACGACUCGGGGUACGAAGGCUGGUACCUGAAAAAAUCCCGCGAGUCCAUGGGACUUGAGGGCAAAGUGGAUGGUUGCGCUUUGUUUUACAAGCGGAAUCGAUUCAUUCUCAAAGAACGGUAUCCAGUUGACUUUAACGAGCUAGCCAAAAACUUCCUGAACCAGGUACAGACUGAGUACGAUUUGGACUACCGAGGACCUUCGAUGGCAGCGCGUGAAAUGUUUCUGUCUCUACUCAACAAGAUGCGGCAGCGGCUCCAGCGCGACAAUGUGGCACAGAUUGCAGUGCUCGAGGUGAUUCCAUCCAACAACGAAACGGUCGCACGUAAGUCGCAGUCCGGGCCGCUACUCUGUGUUGCAAAUGUGCAUAUAUUUUCCAAUCCGAAGUUUCCCGACGUCAAAAUGUGGCAGACAAACAUGCUUGUGAAGCAGCUCGAGCGCGUGAUAUUGAGCCGAAAUUUGCCCACCGUACUCUGCGGUGAUUUCAACAGCGAACCUUCAAGCGCUGUGUACGACUUCAUGACACGCAAUCACGUCCCGCUCGAUCACCCGGAUAUCCAGCACCCACCGCCUCAACUUGCGAACAUUUAUGCAUCGCUGGACCUGGAGCAUAGCAUCGGUUUUGCUAGUGCCUACGCUUCAGUGUUUGGCGCCGAACCAGAGUACACGAAUUACACAGGUCACUGGAGAGGCGUUGUGGACUACGUGUGGUAUACUCCAGAGACGCUGACGCCGUUUGCGGGAUUAAAAGUGCACCCACCUGAAGUGCUCGAAGCGUACUCGAAGACUGCGCUGCCCAACUGCCAGUUUCUCUCUGACCAUGUACCUCUAUGUCUCGACUUCAGCCUGAAGGCGGGCCCCCCGAACAAUGGAAGGUACUGA